AGAAACCGAAACCGCGAGCUAACAUGUCUUCUCCUGCUUGUGCUCUCGCUCUCGCAAACCCCAAGAAGAGGGUUUUAGCAGACUCUGAUACGGAACAGCGCGAUCCGAAGAGGACUAAGCCUCAAGACGAUCCCUUGGAGAACGAGUUGAAGAAGGAGACGAAGGACAAGAAGAAACGGCGGAAGAAGAAGCGCAAGGUGCCCGUGGUACUUGCCCAGGACCUCGCAGAAGCAGACGCGCGCGUCGUGCCCGGGGCAUCAGGAUCGCGCUCGCGGUCUCGCUCUAUGACUUUGGCAGUUACCCCGGCUCCCGAUGAGCGUCUCAGGGAGCUAGCUGCCUUGUCUUCGCCGUGUGCUGGCCCCUCCAAGACUACGUCUCGCGAGGCUUCGCCCUCUCGUUCAAGCUCCAGCAAGGGCAAGGGCAAGGUCCGAGCCACUCCAGACUAUGCAGUCGCGCAGGAUAGGCGACAAGACUCCACCGGUGUGGAAGGUCAAGUCUCAGCAAAGUCAAACGCUGUCUCUCGCGACCCCUCGCCGUCCGAUGCAGGUUCUAACAAAGGCAAGGGCCGAGCCACUCCUGAUUGUGCAUCCGCGCAGGACAGUCAAGAGCGCAUAGCUGAUCUGGAAGGUCAAAUGUCGACGAAGUCGAACCUGGUAACACAACACGAGACGCUGUUGUCCUCUUUCCAGCAGUCGCUCUCCUGUCAAAUCUGUCUCGACCUCAUGCACAAGCCCUUCGCGCUUGCCCCUUGUGGUCACUCUGCUUGCCACCAGUGUCUCGUCAACUGGUUCAAGGCUCCGCCACCGGAUGUCCCUGCUCACGACGUUCUUCCCGUCUGGUUGCGCAAGAAGACCUGUCCGCAUUGCCGCACGGUGAUCAAAGACAGGCCCAUAGUGAUUUGGACCAUCAAGGACAUGGUCGCUACCCUAGUCAAGAGUGGACUGGCGCCAGCGCCCCUGCUGCCACUGGCUCCGCCUCCCGAAGAGGGUGCCGCGAACGCCGAUCCCUGGUCAGGUAUCUUCCGCCCAGCGAACAGGAAUCACGACAUCUUCCCCGACUGGCAGCCGCCCGAGCUCAUGCAACAGCUCAUGGGGAUGCGGGACGACGAGGAUGGCGGGAUCUACCGAUGUGUUGACUGCCACCACGAGAUCGAGGACGGUGCGUGCUCGCAGUGCGGGCGCGUGUAUCCAGGGCACAAUCCGCUUGACCACCAUCCGGACGAGUUCGAUGACGACGUCGUCGGACACUGGGCAGCGCACGAGAUCCUGGACGACUCCAUGGACGAAGAUGAAGACGACGACUUUGUCGCGGCAGACCAUGGCGGAGGCGGAGGGUUGGCCCGCCUGCCAGUGGAGAUGAUCCGGCAGCUGUUCAUGCUCAACGGCCCCGGCGACGCCGAUUCCGACAGCCUCUACACAGACGAGUCCGGGGACGACGCUGGUUUUGCAGAUGAGCAGGUUCUGGCGGACUUCGUGGCCGCCCAUCCUGGCCACCAUGCAUAUAUCGAACGCGUUCAGCACGACGACGGAGACGACGAGGAAGGAUACGAGAGCAGUUUCAUCGACGACGACGGCAACGAUGAAGAUCGGCCGCGCCGGCGCCGUGCACCCUCCGUAGACCUCGAUAGGGACUCCGUUAUCGACUUGUCAGAGGCGGACGAAGAACCGGCUGUGGACGACGGGCAAGACGACGAAGUCCAAUUUGUCGGCUUUGGCAGGCGACGCGGCGGGCUGGCAGCCCGGGGGAGGGCAGCGAUCGUCAUCACCUCGGAAGACGAGGAGGAUGAAGACAGGUUCGCGAGCGAAGGUGGCGCGAGCGACGACGACGGCGAUCUGGCCGCCGAGGUCGCCGCGCGUGAAUAUGAUAUGUACGGAGACGAUGGCUCCGUGCCGCGGCGCGGCGCGCUCUACGACGAAUUUUCCGAUGAAGACGGCGAGGGAUUCGACGACGAGUAUAGCUCUUGAGCUGUCAUUGACCCGGCUCCCUUCUUUCUCACUCAAUGCAGCUAGCAUAUUGUAUAAUUCCGGGCAGAGAUGCCAUG